AUGCUUGAUAUUGGUGUUGGAAUUGGUGGUGGAGCUAGACAAGCUGCUAGGGAGUUUGGUCUUCAAGUACUUGGUUGUGAUCUUUCUUCAAAUAUGAUUCAACAUGCUUUUGAUCGUAAUCAACGUGACAAAGAUCAUCGUGUUGAAUAUCAAAUUGCUGAUGCUAUGGUUUAUCGUUAUGAAGCUAAUGCUUUUGAUAUUGUAUUUGGUAGAGAUUGUAUUCAACAUAUUAAAGACACAAAAAGAUUAUUUAGAAAUAUUUAUACAUGGCUUAAACCUGGUGGACGAGUACUUGAUACAAUGUAUGGAAAAGGACAUGGAGUUCUCUCUCCAAAAUUUCAUGAAUAUGUUCGUAAACGGCAAUAUGCACUAAAAACUUUGGAAGAAUAUAGAGAAAUUGCUCAUAGUGUUGGGUUAACAAAUAUUUACACAGAAAAUAUGACUAAACGUUUGAGAGAAAUUUUAGUAAUUGAACGUGAUAGAGCAGUUGAAAAUAAAGAGGAAUUUAUUCAAAAAUUUAGUGAAAAACGUUAUUCAAAAUUAGUUGAGGGUUGGGCAGAUAAAUUACAAUUUGUUGAUGAAGAUAAUCAAAAUUGGUUGUUACUUCGUGCGGAGAAACCGGUGCAUCCACAUGCUUAUUUAACAGAAGCUGGAGCCUAA